AUGGCAGCUUACCAUGUUCGGUCUAAUAGCUUUCCCUCUAGGCCACAUCCACUUGUUCCUGAAUUCAAUGAGCAAUUAUGCAGAUUGAGAGCAUCUGGAUCUGCCUUUUCUUCUACGUCAACCUCAAUGGCCUGCAAACUAAGCGGACUUCGAAAUCUGCAUGAUUGCGUUGAUAAGCUGCUUUUGCUACCACUCAACCAGCAAGCUUUAUCUCUAGAGAAGCAUGAGAAAUGGGUUGAUCAGAUAGUAGAUGGAUCUCUCAAACUCUUGGAUAUAUGCAGCAUAGUUAAGGAUGCCUUGUCACAAACAAAGGAAUCCACACAAAAACUUCAAUCAAUCAUUCGCAGAAGACGAGGUGGUGAAAUGGUACUUUCGAUUGAGGUUAAUAAAUUCUUAUCCUCGAGGAAAGUGGUCAAGAAGGCAAUUAACAAGGCCAUCAAGAAUCUCAAGGAAAAGGAAAACAAAUGCACAUUCAAUCCCCUCAACAAGGACGUUGAGACAGUUGCGAUUGUUAACCUGUUGAGAGAGGCUGAAGCAAUCACUCUUGGUGUUCUUGAAUCAUUGGUGUUGUUUUUCUCCGAGCCAAAGUCAGGACCAAAGCAUAGUGGUUGGUCAUUUAUUUCCAACAUAUUGCAGCCCAAAAGAAUGGAGGAAGAAUCUAAAUCAAACGAAUUUGCAAAUGCAGAAGCUGCAUUGCACUUGCUCAUCUGUCAGAAGAUGAAGAAAUCUUCUGACAGCUUGAGUGUAGAGAAUGCACAGAACCAGCUUGGAAAAAUGGAUCUAUGCAUUCAAGAUCUUGAAGAAGGUGUCGAAAGUCUUUUCAGACGUGAGAAGCACUCAAAGACUCAGGGGUGGUCAGUAGUCUCUAAGUUGUUGCACCAGAAAGGAGUAAAAUCCGAGGAAGAUGAAAGAAAAAAUAAUGAGUUUUCAAAGGCCACUGCAGCAUUACAAUUAAUUGUUGGGUAA